AUGAAGAGCGACGCUAAAAAACAGAGGGAAUUCUUUGAAAAGAAAAAAAUGCAGCAGAAACUGAAAAACUUGGGACUAGCUCUGCCAGCUGCCUCACCUGCAGACAUUGGUCCUGGUAGUAUGGACCUGGUCACUCUGUUUAUUGUCAACCAGAUUGCUGCAAAGAAAGCAAGUACAGAUCCUCCUAAAGUAGCAGUUCUUGGCAGCAGUAAAGGAGGAUCCAAGAAUAAGAGAAACGAGCCUCUCGUACUCCCGAUGAGCCCCUGUUCACCAUCACAGCUGAGUCUUGUGGAGAGCCAGCCUCAGAGCAGUAAAACUGAGGCAGGAGACUGUGCAGGACAUACAGCCAACUUCUCCCUCAACCAACCAGAAGAUAAUGAGCCCAUCCUGGACUUCAUGCUGAACCAGUCAGAAACUAAACAGCAGUUCGAGGAGGACGUCUUCAGUGGCUUUAGUCAUGAAGAAUAUGAAGCUUCUCAUUUUGGGAGUGCAAAAUCAAAAAUAUACCUAACAGACGAAAAAUCGAUCAGAUCUUCAACACCACAAACUGUGCCUGAUUCACAGUGCACAGAAGUGGAGUUCUCCAACUGCACUGACAUGAACUUUUCAUGCCUCGGACACCACACUGGGCCCAUGAAUGGCUGUAACUGUUCGCCAAAUUACUCUUGUGGAGGAGGUUACUACAGUUCAGAUUCAAAUGAUAGCUCAGAGUUGUGCAAAUGCAAGAAAAUACCCAUUAAAACUCAAGAUGCUGCAACUCAAACUGCACAAAAUCCCACGGCAGAGACGUGCGAUGCUUCGACUCAAUGCACCUUUGUUGCAGAGGCUAAAGUAGCCCCUGGUUUGUAUCUACCACCUGUUGGCAUGUCGGAGCAGCAUCAAGCCACAGAGAGGCAGACUGAUACCGCUACAGAGCCGACUACACUCAAAGCUUCACCAGAAAUCUCAAGCAGCGAAGGGAAGCAGAUGACUUGGAGCAACAAGAAAUUGAAGUCCAGUUUUCGAUCAGGCAUCAUGAACAUAUUCCCUGCUAGUAACUGUGGCAAAAUGAUCCGACAGAGACCCAUAAAUCCCUUUCUGGAUGCUCUGAGCAGUGGCAGAGGUAAGGAGCAUGGAGGGGGCGGAGAUGAGAGAGGGCAACAUGAGAAUCCGUUGAAAGCUCCGUCGGAUGAAGGGAAAGAGGAGGUCACAUCUGGCACCGGAGUUAUCGGACUCUCAGAGGAGGCCGAGACACUUCAGGAAAUAGCCGACAUUUUGCUUUUUAUGAAGCAGAGGAAGAAGGAAGGAUGAUGACGUCAGACAAAAGUAAAGUAGAUCUAUGAAAUCAGCUGGAAAAAAGCACAUUUGUUCUGUGAAUGUUGUUUUAACAUUUAGUAUUAACCCAUAAAACCACAUAAAAUAGCCACACUGUUUGUUCCUAAUGUUGCAAUAGAGCAAAAUAAAACCCCAAAGCUUCAUUCUGAU